AUGUCCGACUUCGAGGAGACCAUCCGUCGUCUGCAAUCCGAAAAAGGCGUCGUCGGCAUCAUCGUUGUCGAUUCUGCCGGUUCGUUUUCUUUUUCUCGAAAUAUUCCUUUAUUUCCUCCCUUUCCGGCCUUUUUCCCAUGAAAUCUGCUUGUUCUUUCCAUUCGGGAGAGAGUGAGAGAGUGCAUGAAAGUUAGAGGGCGCCACACCAGCGCGCGGAAAAGUUACAUUCGACCACACCGCGCCCAUCUCUGAUUCGAUUUUGAAACCAUGAACUCCCGUGAAAAUGACCCAUUCCAGGCCGCGUGAUCCACUCGACAAUCGACAGCGACGCGACGCAAUCGCACACGGCGUUCCUUCAGCAAUUGUGCGAGAAGACGAAGACGUCGAUUCGGGAGCUCGACUCGAGCAACGACCUCACUUUCCUGAGGCUCCGCACCAAGAAGAACGAGAUUAUGAUUGCGCCGGACAAGGACCACGUAAUCAUGGUUAUCAAGGACCUCUCAUAA